ACCUCCGACACAGCAACAUCUUCAGUCAUAUCAAAAAGUUCGCCAAUUUCGUUAAGAACUAUAGCUUCAAAAUGAAACUCUUCGUCGUCGCCCUCACCGCCUGCCUAGUUGCCUUUGCCGCCGCUCAGUCAGCGGAUUCCAAUGCCGCUCUGGAGCCGUCCGCCGAGUACCUGCCGCCCGUCGGCGAGGCGGAGGCAGCCGCGCUCUCCGAGGACGGAUACCGCUACAAGACCGUGCGCCGGCUGAAGCUGCGCCACCGCCGCGAGGUGCCCAGCCAGGAGUACCUGCCGCCGGUGCUGAGCGCUCCCAGCCAGGAGUACCUGCCGCCCGUGGACGCCGCCGCCAUCGGAGACACCAAGGUGGCCGACGACGGCUACCGCUACAAGACCGUGCGCCGACUCAAGUUGCGUCGCCACCGCCGCGAGGUCGCCGAUGAGACCGCCCCCAACGGAGAGUAUCUGCCACCCGCCGAGGCUGCCACCGCCGCCGCCGCCCCCGUGGCCGCCGAGGCCGAGCCCAAGGCCGCCGCCGAUGAGGGUACCGAGCUGGCCAGCGACGGAUACCGCUACAAGACCGUUCGCAGGCUGAGGUUCCGAGCCCGCCACUAGGCCUCUGACCCGACUCUAGGCACAUUGAACCAAAUUGAUCCUGAUAGUACACUCGAGAGGUUGGGUCUCCCAACUGCCCUUUUCCACUCUUCUUUCCCCAAUACUAAGACCUUCAGUUGUUCAGCAUAUGGAAUAAUAAAAUGUAUUCACGAAAAUCA